UUCGUCACCAAAUGUUUUGUUAGGCAGACGCGCUAAUGUUUUGUUUUGUUUUAUUCUGUUUGAUCCCAUCGAUAUAGUUCAGUGAUGUGUAGCGGAUCGUGUUGCUCGUAACAUUGUAUAAACAAUUUGGAAUAAAACCCAACACAACCAUCAUCUUCAACAAUGGCUUCUGUAUGGGAUGAUUUAGAUCUUCUCCUGGACUCUCCCUCCUCUCUUACUGUAACGUCAACAGCACGUGGCACCAUUAAAGAAAAGCCCGGCUUCAAUCCAAGUGAGGAUGCGGCUGCUUUAAGGAAAGCUAUGGAGGGCAUUGGGACCACUGAGAAAACUAUUAUUGACAUUUUGACUCAAAGAAGCAAUGCCCAGCGUCAGCUGAUCUGUAAAGCAUACCAAGAUGCUACAGGAAGGAGUCUUUCCGAUGAUUUGGAAGGGGAAACCCAUGGACAUUUUGAAGAUAUUUUGGUGGCCCUAGUAACUCCUCCUGCUAAGUUUGACUGCCACGAAUUUAAACGGGCAAUAAAAGGUGCUGGUACAGAUGAAAGCAUUUUGAUAGAAAUGUUUGCAUCGCGCUCCAACAAUCAGAUCAAGGCUAUGAUCGAUGCAUAUUUGGCAGAAACCAAAAGGUCUCUUAUUGAUGACCUUAAAUCUGAAGUGUCAGGAGACUUUGAAAAAACCCUGCUGCUCAUUGCUGAGGGCAAACGAGACCAGAGUACAAACGUGGAUGCAGCAAAAGCUAAACAAGAUGCCAAGAUCUUGUAUGAGGCCGGGGAGAAGAAAUGGGGCACAGAUGAAAGCAAAUUCAUCGACAUUCUGUGCAACAGGAGCGUUUCCCAGCUCAGACAAACUCUGGUUGAAUAUAAGACUCUGAGUGGAAAGACUCUUCAGGAGAGCAUUGAAAGCGAGAUGUCUGGAAAACUGGAGGAAAUUCUUGUGGCUAUAGUUAAAUGUGUGAAGAGUGUGCCAGCGUACCUUGCAGAGCGCCUGAAUAAAAGCAUGAAGGGUGCUGGUACCACUGAAUCAACCCUAACUAGAAUCAUAGUGAGCCGAUCAGAAAUCGACCUGCAGGACAUCAAGGCAGAAUAUAAGAAACUGUUUGGCUGCACUUUACAAUCUGCCAUUCAGUCUGAGACAUCAGGAGAUUUUUGCAAAACCCUGCUGAAAAUCUGUGGUGAAGAGGUAUUGUGCUGAAUGUACAUUUCCAUGUUUAUAUAACAUAAAGGAUGUGACAUUGCUAUGGAAGUGCCAUUAUAUGAAGACCACAUAUCAAUGAACGUUUAAAUGUAACUUUUUUCAAAUAAUAAUAAUACAUAAUAAAAUCUUUAUAUUAUCCAACAAGAUUUUUGUAUAAUAUACCAUUGCUCAUAUUCUAGAUUCUGGAAUUUAGCACUAAUGUUUAGCUCAAAUAUUAUCUAACAAGAUUUUUGUAUAAUCAAUCAGAUCUUAUAAUCUAGAUUUUACAUUUGGCACUAAUGAUAUUUGUAAUACCACAGACUACAUUUUGCUUUCUACAACGUUGAUUACAAUCUGUAUGUGCUUACAUUGUAAAAAAAAUUAUAAAUUACAGUAAUUGAAGAAUAAACUCUGAUUACAAUGCC